AAAAUAAAAAGAGAAGGCAAGUUGGGGCGGCGGAUAUAUCGAAGGCGCGAAUUCCAAGGACGCUUCCCCCUCCGAAUUUUUAUUUUAUUUUUUGCGUUGUUCGUUUUCCUGUCUUGAUUCAGUUUCACUCCCUCACUCUUUGCAAAACCGAACCUCAAUUCCCUGAUUCCAUUUUACUACGUUCUGCUAAGGUUGUUCAUUUCAGACCCAGAUCAGGGAUUUUCACAAUUCUGAUCUCUAAGGUCUGAAAUGGCGGCGACUGUUUCUGCUGGAAACAUCCGUGAUUUCUAUCUUGCUGGCCAGGUUUGCAGGCAAUCUUCCUGGGUUUCUGGUCAUUCCUUUAGGACAAAUCCUUGGAAACAGCUCUCUUGGCCGCGUAGAGUAUCAGAGGUGUUAAAGGUUGAGAAAUGCGGGUGUUACUCUCGUUUUCCAAACGAUGAGGGCUCAAAGCUAUCGAAAUCUGUCAUCAGGGCAUCGUUGGAUUCAACAAAGUAUUUCGAUUACGCUGUUAUAGGGAGCGGAGUGGCGGGUCUGCGCUAUGCACUAGAAGUUGCAAAGCAUGGGACAGUUGCAGUGAUCACCAAAGCAGAGCCUCAUGAAAGCAACACUAAUUAUGCUCAAGGUGGAGUUAGCGCUGUUUUAUGCCCUUUGGACUCUGUGGAAAGCCAUAUGCAUGACACUAUUGUUGCCGGUGCCUAUCUUUGUGAUGAAGAAACCGUUAGAGUGGUGUGCACAGAAGGGCCUGACAGAAUACGAGAAUUGAUAGCACUGGGAGCGUCGUUUGAUCAUGAUGAGGAUGGUAACUUGCACUUGGCUAGAGAAGGCGGGCAUUCGCAUUGUAGGAUAAUUCAUGCUGCUGAUAUGACGGGAAGAGAGAUCGAGAGAGCUUUACUUGAAGCUGUCCUCUACGAUCCCAACAUCUCUGUCUUCAAACAUCAUUUUGCCAUCGAUCUUCUCACUUCUCAGGAUGGUUUGAUUACAGUUUGUCAUGGUGUUGACACUUUGGAUACCAUCACAAACGAGGUGGUGCGUUUUAUAUCAAAGGUGACAUUGCUUGCAUCAGGUGGAGCCGGGCAUAUCUACCCAUCAACCACAAACCCCCCGGUGGCCACUGGAGAUGGGAUCGCAAUGGCUCACAGAGCUCAAGCUGUGAUCUCAAAUAUGGAAUUUGUGCAGUUUCACCCGACGGCUUUAGCGGACGAGGGCCUCUCUAUCAAACCCCGAGAGCCCCGAGAAAACGCGUUUCUCAUCACCGAAGCAGUGAGGGGAGACGGUGGCAUUCUGUACAAUCUGAGUAUGGAGAGGUUUAUGCCAAUGUACGACGAGAGGGCCGAGCUUGCUCCCCGUGAUGUCGUUGCGAGAAGCAUCGAUGACCAGCUCAAGAAACGCAACGAGAAGUACGUGUUACUGGACAUUAGCCACAGACCCAGAGAGAAGAUUCUUGCUCACUUCCCCAACAUUGCAUCUGAAUGCCUCAAACACGGAUUAGACAUCACCCGUGAGCCGAUCCCUGUCGUCCCGGCGGCUCAUUACAUGUGUGGAGGUGUUCGGACCGGUUUACAAGGCGAGACCAACGUCCUCGGCUUGUACGUGGCCGGGGAAGUGGCUUGCACCGGUCUUCACGGUGCGAACCGGCUCGCCAGCAACUCUCUUCUGGAAGCCCUGGUUUUCGCGAGACGGGCGGGUCAGCCCUCAACUGAACUCAUGAAGCGGACAAGGCACGAGCUUGGCGUUUCAGAAUGGUGGGCAAGGCCGUCCAUGCCCAGAUCGAUCGGGAAAGAGACAAGAAGAAAGAUCAUGGCUUUGACGAGAGAGGUGAGGCGGGAGCUUCAGGGAGUGAUGUGGAGGUACGCGGGGAUCGUGAGAUCGACGACAAGGCUGGAGAAGGCGGAGAGGAAGAUAGAGGAAAUGGAAGGGAAGUGGGAGAGAUUCUUGUUCGAGCAUGGGUGGGAGCAGACGAUGGUGGCACUGGAAGCUUGCGAGAUGAGGAAUCUGUUCUGCUGCGCCAAACUUGUAGUGAGCAGCGCCCUUGCAAGGCACGAAAGCCGUGGCCUUCACUACACGACCGACUUCCCUUUUGUCGAAGAAAGUAAGCGACUCCCCACCCUCAUUCUCCCUUCUUCUUCUCCCGCAGCUUCUAGCUGGAGCUCUCGCCAGCUCUAUGACCCUAACCAAUUGGCCUUUUGAUUUCUCCUCUUCGCCCCAUUCCUGCGUUUUUGUUCUCUGUGUUGUAUCUUGGAAAAUCUUCGUUCAGAUUGUGUUACAUCUAUACAUAUGUGUGUGUUGUAUAUCGAUUUGAACAUGGGUAUCCAAAUGUAAAGACCCAACUCCUGUCGGACUUUUAAAAUGGGCCUCUGGUGUUCUGUUUUCCAAACCUG